AUGGAAAUGAACGUCGCAACCCCUGCUGCUCCCGUUGCUGGCGCUGGAGCCCCUCAACCAGGACAAAACCCAACUGGCUCGUCUUACACCAUGGCCUCACUCUACGUCGGAGAUCUCCAUCCCGAUGUCAACGAGUCUAUUCUGUUCGAGAAAUUCAGUGCCGCAGGGCCUGUUCUUUCCAUCCGAGUUUGCAGAGACAACGCUACUCGUCUCUCCCUUGGUUACGCUUAUGUGAACUUCCAGCAACCAGCCGAUGCUGAGCGUGCCAUGGACACCAUGAAUUUCGAAGCACUUCAUGGCAAGCCGAUGAGAAUCAUGUGGUCGCAGAGAGAUCCUGCAAUGCGUCGUUCCGGAGCCGGGAACAUCUUCAUCAAAAACCUUGAUAAGGUCAUUGACAACAAGUCAAUUUACGACACCUUUUCCCUUUUCGGAAACAUUUUGUCCUGCAAGGUCGCCAUCGACGAUGAAGGUUCUAGCAAGGGCUAUGGAUUCGUUCAUUUCGAAACCGAAGAAGCCGCUCAAAAUGCCAUCCAGAAAGUCAACGGAAUGCUUCUUGCCGGAAAGAAAGUUUUCGUUGGCAAGUUCCAACCACGCGCUCAACGUAACCGAGAACUUGGAGAGACUGCCAAAAAGUUCACCAACGUCUACGUCAAAAACUUUGGUGACCAUUACAACAAGGAAACUCUCGAAAAGCUUUUCGCCAAGUAUGGAGCAAUUACAAGUUGCGAUGUUAUGACUUCGGAUGGUAAAUCUAAGGGAUUCGGAUUUGUUGCUUUUGCACAACCAGAAGAAGCCGAAGCUGCUGUUCAAGCGCUCAAUGACUCCGCCGUCGAUGGAUCGGAUUUGAAGCUCCACGUCUGCCGCGCUCAGAAAAAGUCGGAGAGACAUGCUGAGCUAAAAAAGAAGCACGAACAACACAAGGUUGAGCGUAUGCAGAAGUACCAAGGAGUAAACUUGUACGUGAAAAACCUCGAUGAGUCUGUCGACGAUGAAGCUCUGAAGAAGCAGUUUGAAAACUUUGGAAACAUCACGAGUGCGAAGGUUAUGACUGACGAAAAUGGAAGAUCGAAAGGCUUCGGUUUCGUCUGUUUUGAAAAGCCAGAAGAGGCGACAACCGCUGUCACAGAGAUGAACUCGAAGAUGGUCUGUUCGAAGCCGCUCUACGUUGCUCUUGCCCAACGCAAGGAAGAUCGUCGUGCCCAGCUCGCAUCGCAGUACAUGCAACGUCUUGCUAGCAUGAGAAUGCACAGUAACGUUCCUGGCGGAGGCAUGUACAAUCCUGCUCAAACUGGUCCGGGCUACUACGUCGCCAACCCUAUGCAACAACAGCGCAAUUUCGCUGGUGGACCUCAAAUUGCUCGUCCAGGAGGAGGACGUUGGGGUCAACAAAAUCAGUAUCCGAUGCAGAACCAAUACAUGAUGGCUCAAGGACCAGGUGUCUACCCGAACCGUAUGGGUCGUCCACAGAACCAACAAGGAGGACCACGCGGGCCACCUCAGCAGUACAGCCAAGUUGCUCAAGGAGGAGUCCGUAUGCAAGGACCACCACGAGCCCAGAACGCCGGUGUUCAGCAACAGAAUAUCCAACGCCCACCACCUCAACAGCAACAACAACAACAGCAGCAACAGCAAAGACCAGCUCCUUCCGGACCAAAGGCUCCUCCACAGCCUUACAGUCAGCAGUACCAGCAACAAAGACCGCAAGGAAUCGUUAUUGGAGGACAAGAGCCACUCACUUCAGCUAUGUUGGCUGCUGCUGCUCCACAAGAGCAAAAGCAACUUCUUGGUGAGCGUAUCUACGCCUUGAUCGAGAAGCUCUAUCCAGGACACAAGGAUGCCGGAAAGAUCACGGGAAUGAUGCUCGAGAUUGACAACUCUGAAUUGAUCAUGAUGCUCCAAGAUAGUGAUCUUUUCCGCUCAAAGGUCGACGAGGCUGCUUCCGUUCUCGCCUCUGCUCAGAAGUAA